AGUAAAGUUCAGAAGUUGAGAGGUUAAGUUCGUUCUUUUCUGUUAGAAAUAUUGUAUUAUUAGUGGACGUUGUAGGUAUUAGUGAUUUGUAAGCUAUUUUAUACCUUUUAAAAAUGAAAAAAAUGAACAAUUGUUGUGUACCUGGAUGUAUGGACCGAGUAAGCCAAAGGCAUCGUUUCCCCAAAGCCAAUCCAACUAUUUUUACAACUUGGUUAGAAGUUAUUAAUCCACAAAAUUGGCAAGAAUUAUCCGAUGAACAGAUUUACAAUAGAUAUUACGUGUGUCAUGCACAUUUUACCAAGAAUUGUCAUUUUCCAGGAAGUAAAAGAGGUCUCACAAUUGAUGCAGUUCCAACAAUAGAUGUACCAGGUACUAGUUUUGAAACAGUUCUGCUUGCAAAUGAGCCAAAGCUUUGUGAAGUAUUAACAGUACAGAGAAAACACCUUCUGAAGCUGGACCUCGUGGGAUAG